UCAUGAAUGUUUUGUAGUGUAGGUACUCCACAACUAAUCGCGAGGUGCAGUAGUGUUUUCUACGCGAUCGCAACACCGCGAGUGUUUGUGUUUUCCCCAUACCUACACGUUUUGAUAGCGUGUCGUGUUGGUGACUGGAAAAAUAGAUAAAAACGCGUCGAUUUUCUUUUUUUUCAGUAUUUCUUUUUCUGCCGUCUCGGCAAAUAUUUCGACUGCCGCGUACGUGUGGUACAACUACAGUUUGAAACUUGGAAUAUACUUUGUUAAUGUGCUACAUGUUGAAGCAUGUAUCUAAUCCUAAUUGGUGCUUGUUGCAUGGGAAAACCUUUGAUUAAGUUGACGGACCCAGUGUACAUUUUUUGUCGACUCUAAUAGGAUUUUGCGAUUUAGUAGACAUUGUUGUGUUUUCAAUUAUCAUUAGACAAUGGUAGCCAACAAGGAUGUAGCGCUUGUGGAAGGCAAAGAUCUUUGUCCUUUAGAAAAACCCAGCAUAAAAAAUUUGGCUGUGGCACUUUGGAAAUACCGGACAAUCCAGGAUCCUGCUAGUCAAAGGCUGACGUGGUACAAGCCGCCCCUUACCGUAUUGGUUAUUAAGAAAGUAAGGGAUGUCUCAGUCCUUUCGCCCUUCGUUCAGUUGGUCCAUUGGCUUAUCGAAGAGAAAAGGAUGGUUGUUUUUGUCGAAGCUUCUGUGAUGGAGGACACUUUGCUGGACAAAUUUUCCUCGUUUACCGCAAUAAAAGAUAAACUGAUGACAUUUAGGGAUGGCAAAGAUAAUCUUACAGACAAAAUCGACUUCAUUAUUUGCAUGGGGGGCGAUGGUACCUUGUUGUAUGCCAGCCUUCUUUUUCAACAGUCUGUUCCACCUGUUAUGGCAUUUCAUUUGGGUUCGUUGGGUUUUUUGACGCCUUUUCAAUUCGACAAUUUCCAAGACCAAGUUAACAACGUUUUGGAAGGCAAUGCUGCAUUAACUUUAAGAAGUAGAUUAAGAUGUAUAAUUAUUAGAAAAAACGAGCUAGAUGAAACAAAUGCUAUAGAUAAAAAAGACAAUAAGAAACCUUCUACGAAUAUUUUGGUACUGAACGAGGUCGUGGUAGAUCGUGGGCCAUCUCCAUAUCUAUCAAACAUCGAUCUUUUCAUCGAUGGAAAACAUAUAACAUCUGUACAAGGGGAUGGCUUGAUUGUGAGUACUCCGACAGGCAGUACUGCUUAUGCGUUAUCAGCAGGUGCUUCUAUGGUUCACCCAAGUGUACCGGCCAUUAUGGUCACCCCCAUAUGUCCACAUUCCCUUAGUUUUAGGCCUAUCGUCGUACCUGCGGGAGUAGAGCUCAAGAUCUCAAUUUCACCAGACAGUCGAAGUACGUCUUGGGUAUCCUUUGAUGGAAGGAACCGGCAAGAAUUGAAACAUGGAGAUAGUCUUCGGGUGACCAUGUCCAUCUACCCUUUGCCCAGCAUAUGCGAACAGGACCAGAUCUCUGAUUGGUUCGAUUCCCUGGCAGAGUGUUUACACUGGAAUGUACGAAAAAAACAAAAACACUUGGACGAAUUGACCGACUUAACGCACUCGAGUUCAGACGAUACUUUGGAUUCUUUAGAUCAACUUGACUGCACUGAUAAGGAACAACAGCAACAUCAAUAACGAUGAUAGUAAUAAUAAUUAUUAAAUUUGAUUAUAAGUCGGUUAUUUCUUCGAACAGGCCACGAUACUUAUUUAAUAGUUAAGCAAAGGGUAGGUACAUUUUUACUGUAGUGAUAAUUUUUGUUUUUUUUUUUUUGGAAAACAGGGAAUCAUGUGCUACUAUUUCUUAUUUUUAAUAUCGUCAGGACCAGAAUUCUGAGAUAUUGUAUUUAGUAAAUCGAUUUUUAAAUAAGGAAACAAAUUUUUUAAAAGGUGGUUGGCUUGAGUAAUGUGUAUAUAUUUAAUAAAUAAUUUUAUGAUGUGAUUAAUUGCAUGUUAAAAAUGAAUUCAAUUUAAAUUAGUUUUUCAAAUUUCUUUUUAGAAAUUAAAUAUUGGAAAUUAUGCCACUUUCUUCAAAAUAAAGUUGUUUCUUAACUAAGUUUACUAACAUUUUACGAACUUUGUUAAUAUUAAAGAAAUCCAAAGAAAUACUUACUAAAGCCGAUAAGAGUACGAAAAUGCCCCAACCCCAUCCGUUUUAAAAGUUAAUUUAACAAGUUAUCUAAAAAAUAUUUUAAUUUCCAUUUUAUUGUACGUUAUAGUUAUAUUUUAAUAAGUUAUAAGAUUUAGAACUACUCGAACAGUUAAACUAAUUGUUCUAGUGGUCAGUCUUGAGAAUUUUUGGUAUUUUAGCCUAGUUUUACUGUUUGACCCCCAUUUUCACACUCUUAUCGAUUUUAGCCCUUUGUUUCCCUUCAAGAAAACAGUGUUUAUGUCCUAUGUUAUAUAAAACUAUUUCCUGCUGGUCAAGAAUUAUUGUUAGACUUCAAAAAGAGUAGAUUUAUUAAAACAUAUUUUAUCAGAUGGUUACUUGAGCCGAUCAUAAUUUUAUGUAAAUCCAAAAACUUAUUUGAUAAUGGUUUAUGGCACAAUCUACACUGAUUUAUUUCGUUUGAGUCGUUUUAUUUUAAAAGCACUAUGUGUAGAGACAUCGAGGAUAAAUCCAGCAUAGUUUUUAUAGAAAUUAACGUUUUUGAUGUUGAUCCGUAGAUUGUUGUUAAAUAUUAAGUGAAAUGUAAUAAAAGUGUUCAAAAUGAUCCAUUAGAGUGUAAAUUUUUUAAUAUAAACAAAUGUCGUUUAUUACAAUCAAUCAUUAGGCUAUUUUUGUAAUGGAUUUUAAAGCAGCGAAGCAACCUUUUAUACGUGUACACGAUAAAAAGUCAUAAAAGAUUUAUAUUGGGAUUAGCUUUUACACUGUGACUUUUAAUUCUAAAAAUUUAGUUAAUUAUACAUUUUUUUUGUACUUUGUCAUUACAUACCACUAGGUAUUGCAUUGCUAUUUGUGUUUGAAAUGUUUUUAUCAUCAUAUCAUUACUAUUAUUAUUAAUAGGAGCCCUGGAGGCAUUUGCAUAAUCGUUCAAAAGGCAUUUGUAUUUGGUCUUUAAGUUAAGGUUUGUAAUUAUUUAUAGCACAUUUGUAUGUAUUUAUUAUGCAGACAUUUAAAUUAACAAAAACAUGUUAUUCUUAUUUUUCAAAAUGUUUACUUUGUACUUGAAUUGG